UUUCACAGUUCUGCACCAGCGAUUUCAUGUGUAAACAUUUAAUUCUCACAACAUUUAUCUCAGAUUUUGGAAUUUUUUUUAGAAUUUAUACAUUUUUGAGAUGAUUUUAGUUGGUUUAACUGGCGGAAUAGCGUCUGGAAAAUCCACCGUUUCUUCUAUUUUAAAGAAUGACUUUAACUGCCCCGUUAUAGACGCAGAUUUAAUCGCGAGGCAAGUUGUUGAGCCGGGGGCCAAGGCGCACAGAAAAAUAAUUGAAACGUUCGGAAAUGGAAUUCUUUUAGCGGACGGGACGUUAGAUAGAGGCAAACUUGGUGAAAUUAUAUUUCAAGAUAAAGCGAAAAGAAGAAAGUUGAACGCAAUAACGCAUCCGGAAAUUGGAAAAGUAAUUCUGAUUUCCAUACUGAAGUAUCUCAUUCGUGGUCAUCGCUUUGUCAUUCUCGACGUUCCUCUACUUUUCGAGUCAAAAACAUGGAUUAAUUUAACGACUUUUAACGUUGUUGUGUAUUGCGACUUUGGAGCUCAACUCUCGCGCUUAAUGAACCGUAACAGCUUGUCAGAAAGUGAGGCGAAACAACGUAUCGACAGUCAAAUGUCGCUUGAAGAAAAGCAAAAGCUUGCAUCGAUUGUAAUCAACAAUAAUGGAUCGCUAGAUGAAACGUACAAACAAGUUGAAGAACUUCACAAAUUGCUGCAAAGCUCGAAACGAUAUUUGAUUUUGAGAAUUUCAAUAUUAUUGUUUAUUUUGUGCUUGAUUUAUCUUUUUCUUAUGUUGAUAGGGUAAUAAUUCAAUGCAAUUAAGUCCACGUUCAAAUCCCAUCCUAUUUUAGGCAGAAAAUUUUUUUGGUGGUUUUAACCUAAUGUAAGAAAGCAUUGCUGGU